AUGUAUGGAAAGUUCAUAGUUUUUGUUUCUCUCGCAGCUUUCGUAAAAUGUCUAACAGUCCGGGAUUCCAGCAGCUUAUACUCUCGUGCUCCGCUAGCUUUUCAGUACAAGUACCCAAACGAGAAUGGCUUGGGAUUCCUGGGCAGAAACCACAAGUAUCCUCACCUCUUGGCCUUCCACAGCGAGGAUUGCGACUUUUGCAAGGACAUGGACGUUGUAAUUGACAAGGUGGUCAAGGACUGCAAAGUGCACAUUGACAAGUUUUACGUUUCAAAUGAGGAUCACUACAGGCUAUUCCUGAAAUUAGACAAGAGGACAAAGUGCGGGGGUCUCCCGUUUUACUACAAUAUGGUCACUCACAGACACAUUUGUGGAGCCACAACGUACCAAAAUUUGCGUGCAUGGGCUGAAAACCGGGAUUGCAGUUCUACAAUGCCACCAAAUGUAAAGCAAGAAGAGAUUGAAUCGCAUUAUAGAGGGACUGGGAUAUUUGCUAGAAUAAACAGGUUCAUCCGACAGAUUCUGCUAAAGGGUGAAGAAAAGAUGCUCAAGAGAUUAGACAAAUGA